CCCACACGGGCAUGUUACCCAAAAAAACAGAGACGAAAAUGCAACCCAAAAUAUACAUUACAGUGGCAAGCUGCACACAACACAACGCUGGUUGCCCCCAAAAUAGCGUCUGGUUUUGGCGGGAAGCAACCAGGAAUAGAAGAGAGGAAAAAUGGCGAACAAGCUCAUCAACCAGAUGGGGUUGCCCAAAUCCAUCGCCAAUAUCUUCACUGCUCGCAACGUUAUCACCGCCAAGGAUGCAUUAUCUCACACUGAAUUUGAGUUGAUGGAAUUGUUGGACGUUGGGAAGGAAGAAGUAACUUCCGCAAUGGCGCAUGUUAGUGAAGUCGUGUGUCCACCAUGUCAAACUGCGUUACUUCUGCUGGAGCAGCGAGUACGCAACGAGUGUAUGGCUGGUCAUCUUCCCACUCGUUUGAAAGGGUUGGAUGAAGCCUUGUGUGGUGGCAUACCGUUUGGUGUUUUGACAGAGUUGGUUGGUCCUGCGGGAAUUGGCAAAACACAGUUUUGCUUGAAGCUCUCACUGCUGGCUUCAAUGCCGGCUAAUUGUGGAGGCUUAGAUGGCCGUGUGAUAUAUAUUGAUGUUGAGUCCAAAUUUAGGUCGAAAAGAUUAAUAGAGAUAGGAAUAAACAGUUUUCCUGAAAUAUUUCUCAAGAAGGGAAUGGCACAGGAGAUGGCUGGUCGAAUCCUGAUUUUGCGCCCUACAUCACUUUCUGAAUUUGCUGAGAGUUUGCACCAGAUUAAAGUAUCACUUCUCCAGCAACAAGUGAAAUUGCUCAUCAUUGAUAGCAUGGCUGCUCUAGUUUUAGGUGAACGUGAUUGUGGGGCUUCUAGACAACAAGCUUUGGGUUGGCAUGUUUCUUUUAUCAAGUAUGAACCAUACCGUUACCAUGGCGUGGUGGUAACACAUACCAUUUUUACUGUUGCACUUGCGAUAUAUUUGCGAUUAAGAACUUCAACUUUCUUCAUUGAGGUACUGAUUUUGAAGGCAUGUAGGUCACUUGCUGAAUUUUCACGGAUUCCAGUUGUAUUAACAAAUCAAGUAAGAUCUCAAAUUGGUGAUGAAUCUCGCAUGUAUUCCUUCCAAGCAGCACAAAGCCGCUCUAUAAUAAAAGAUAAUCCUGCUACAUAUGAUUCUCAUCUCGUUGCUGCUUUGGGAAUUAACUGGGCUCAUGCUGUGACCAUCCGCCUUGUACUUGAAGCCAGAUCAGGUCAAAGGUUUAUUAAAUUGGCCAAAUCUCCCAUAUCACCCGCUCUGGCUUUCCCUUUUAAGAUAACAUCAUCAGGGAUGGUUCUGCUGGAUGAUGAUGGGGUAGAAAUGAAAGGGCCAGAAAUAAGCACUAUCAAUUGCCAAGGUUUGUCAUUGAGCUCUCUUGCUGUUAGCUCUGCUGAAUAUUUUUUAACAAAAAAUACUUAAAAUGUUAAAGCCGGGGCUUAUGUGUUGAAUGGCAUCCACACUUAUUGUCUUUUUUCUAUAAGGUUGAUCAUCAUGAAAAAAAAAGUUCUUGUUCAGGUGGAAACUUUAUAUGUAUUAAAUGUGUCAAACAUGGGGUCUUGGUAUACUUGCUUCGGUUGUUAGUCUUUGGAACUUUUUUAUGCGUGUUAAAUUUUGUCAAUCUAACUGAUGGAUUAAAAAUUCUCAUAUUUGUGAUUUGUGAUAUAAAUCAAGUAUACAAAUUUCAUAUAUUAAAAAAUUAAUGCAUACUUGACUGGAUCGCUUUGAGUAUAAUAUGCUAGUUAAAAUAUAAAUAUCUACAAAUAUAUUACCUAUUUAUGAAUGUUUAAAUUACCUAAAAUUUGGUAUAUAUGGUUAACAUAAUAUCACAUUAUUCAGUGAUUGGAUUAGUUAAUUCUGCAUGAUAUGAAAAGGUAUUGGAUGGUGCAAGUGCAUUGCCUACCUUAUAGUGUAGUCGCUGUAGAAAGUAUUAUUGAAAAAUAUGCAAUUUUAAGUUACAUUUUUUCCCAAGGUUUUCCUUUCUCUUCUUUUGGUUUAAUAUAUUACAGUCCAAAUCUUGACUUGCCAAUUUUCCAUGUUUCAUGA